CUCACACCUCAAGACAAAGAGAAAACUGUAUAUCACCGCACCAGCCUGUGAGCCUAGCAUUACAGACACUGCGCAUAUAUGCUUAUUUUCUCUUUAAAAUGAAGUUAUCUACUUUUUCCUUUACUGCACACACCACGGGUUUCCAAUUGAUUUUCCUGCUGCAUAGUCAGGAUUUUCCAGAGCUGUGUAAUGUCUUGGGCGAACAUGAUUCCAGACAGUAGCUUUAUAAUAAUGGUCAGCAUUUCUCUUAUUCGGUCAGACAAACUAAAAACUCUGCUUUCAAACUAUAGGAUACGUGUUACCUACAGUCAAAAGGCCGAUGCCAAAUUUUAAAAAGAGUAAUGUUUCAUCUCAUAUUGAAAAAAUCGAUGAUAUGUGCUAAACAACGCAGAUAGUAUUAUAUAAAUGCAUAUGUUUAGGUAUAAGGGUCUGAAUGGUAAAUCUGUGCUUCAUAUAACCCGCAUAAACCGCAGUGAGACGUUUAAGGACCGUAAGAUAAAUCAAGACGGCUUAUGUGGUAUCAAGAUAAAAAGUCAUUUCGGAUGUCCUAAGACAAAAGGACUUCCACUGUAUGUGUAAAUUACAUGUGGAAGACACCGGUGUGUUCACAAAUGGUUAACCUGAAGGUCGGGACUCUCAAGACUCCCUUCUCCCCUCGGUAUGACAUCACUGCUGGACAAAGCAGCAAGGAGUGGUUUCUGUGAAGAGAACCGUCCCAAAUCAAUGGACCAUACCCACACACCCUGAAAACACAUCUUACAGCUUUAUCCACCGUCAAAACAAACUGUUAUCGCUUCGGCGGCAGUUCCAGCAGUGCUUUGUUGAGAGGGGAAUGAACUACUCUGGAAAAUAACAUCGGCUGUGCUGCUGCUCACAGGAAAGAGUCACCGCCGCUGGAUGGUUGGUGCUUUCAAAGUUUCGCCCUCCUAACAUGCGCUGUGUCUGAAGAAACUGACCCGCGGUUCAAAUCCACCCUGGAAGACGAUGCUGUCCCUCCUGCUGUCCGCAAUGCUGGCCAUCCAAGCUAUGGCUGUGAUGGAAGUGCACGUCCCAGAGCAGCCAGUGGUGGCGCUGCAUGGCAUGGAUGCCACACUCAACUGCUCCUUCACCCACGCCAGCCCCUUCAACUUGUCUGAUCUGAGCGUCUUCUGGCAGCUGACCGACACCCAACGCAGUGUGCACGGGUAUGGGGAGGGACGCGACAAGCUGGUGGACCAGGCUGAGCGCUUCGCCAACCGCACCAGUCUGUUCCCUACCCAGCUGGGCCUGGGCAACGCUUCGCUCCUGCUGAGCAGGGUCGUGGUGGCUGAUGAAGGCAGCUAUACCUGCUUUGUCAGGGUGCAGGACUACGGCAGCGCUGCUCUGCUGCUGCAGGUGGCCGCCCCCUACUCCAAGCCUGUAGUGACGUUGGAGUCUGAAUCCAACCUACGACCAGGUGAUGAGGUGGCCCUGACUUGUGUGGCCUAUGGCGGUUAUCCCGAAGCUGGUGUGAUAUGGCAGGAUGGCGGCGGUCGCAACCUGACGGACAAUAUCACCACUUCAUUGGUGGCCAACGAGGAAGGGCUGUUCACUAUCACCAGCGUGCUGACAGUUGUCCUGGAGCCCAAUAGCACCUACAGCUGCGGACUGAUCAACCCACUACUGGGCGAGGAGGGCUACGCCUUUGUCACGAUCACAGGUCAGAACAUCGCGUUCCCCCCGGUGGCUCUGUGGGUAACUGUUGGCCUGGCCGUGUGUCUGCUGGUGCUGCUCAUUGCCCUGGCUGCUGUCUGCCGCAGGAAGAUCAAGGAGAGCUGCGAGGAGGCCAGGAGAGAAGGUAGAGGAGGGAAGGGGGGGGGGCGGGGGGGGGUUGGAGAUGUGGCUCUGCACAUUCAGUAUGGCCAGAUUGAAGUUGACUCUCACUUCACCGUGUCUGUGUAG